CCAAGCCAGAGCGCGCAGGCGCAUCACGUCGCAAAGCGAGGGAAACGUGUGGGCCGGCCGCUGGUGGCUGGGCGCCGCCAUUCAAAGAGGCUUCGCCGGUGCUGAGGGGAAAGAGGCGCUUCUCCGGCCGCCGCCAUGGUGGAGAAGGAGAAGGCAGAGGCUGGGCCCGGGGGCGCCAUCAGCGAAGAGGAGGCGGCGCAGUAUGACCGCCAGAUCCGCCUCUGGGGCCUGGAAGCGCAGAAACGCCUCCGGGCAUCUCGGGUGCUGCUGGUGGGCAUGAAAGGCCUGGGAGCAGAAGUGGCCAAGAAUCUCAUCCUGGCAGGAGUCAAAGCGCUAACCAUGCUUGACCAUCAUCAGGUGAUGCCAGAAGACACACAAGCACAGUUCCUGAUCCCUACAGGCUCCUUGGGUAAAAACAGAGCAGAAGCCUCGCUGGCACGUGCCCGGGAUCUGAACCCCAUGGUGGAUGUGCAAGCAGACUCUGAGAACAUCGAACAAAAGCCUGAAGAAUUUUUCAUCCGUUUUAAUGUGGUCUGCUUGACGUGUUGCUCUAAGGAGGCCCUUGUGAAGGUUGAGCAGAUCUGCCAUAAGAACAAUAUCAAGUUCUUCACGGGCGAUGUCUUUGGCUACCACGGCUACAUGUUUGCCAACCUGGGAGAACACGAAUUUGUGGAGGAGAAGACUAAAGCAGUGAAAGCCAGCCAGGGAGCAGAAGAUGGACCUGACUCAAAGAAGGCCAAGCUAGACUUGACAGAGACCACCCUGGUGAAAAAGCGUGUGACUUUCUGCCUUCUGAAAGAGGCCCUAUCUCUUAGCUGGAGCAGUGAGAAGGCCAAGGCCGCUGUGAAGCGCAUCACAACAGAUUACUUCCUCCUCCGAGUGCUCCUGAAAUUCCGGUCAGAAAAGGGCCGAGAUCCGUCCACUCAAAGCUGCACAGAGGACUCUGAGACGCUCCUACAGAUGCGUAACGCAGUGCUGGCCUCACUCGAUAUUGAGAGCGAUCUGCUCCCUGAUGACUUUGUCAGCUUCUGCUUCUCAGAAAUGGCUCCCGUCUGUGCUGUCGUUGGAGGCGUCCUUAGCCAGGAGGUGGUCAAGGCCCUCUCUCAGCGGGAUCCUCCCCUCAACAAUUUCUUCUUCUUCAAUGGCAUGAAGGGCAAUGGGAUCGUGGAGUGUCUAUCUCCUACUUGAAUCUGGGCUGUGAGUGAUAAUCUCCAUCCCAGAACCUUUGAUCAGAUUCUCCUCCCUCCAUCUGCAGUGGGCACCUUUAGGCUAAGGGGAACUGUGUGUGUAUGUCUCUCUCUCUUUCUCUGUCUCUCACCACCUUGGGUGCCCUUUGUCUCAGUAUUCAAUAAAACCUUCUUUUACACGA